AAUCCUCUUCAGCUUCAAUAAAUCAACUACCUAUACUUAUAUCUACACCUAUACCUACAAUUACAAUUGUAGAAAAACUUCAAAAAUCUUCUGUUUUAUCAAAUACUAUUCAGAAUAAAACUUAUUUCUAUCAUUACUGA